UUUACUUUAACUGAUAAAUUCAUGACUCCUUACCCCCGUAAUUGUAUUUUCUUCUUUUUGAAAGUGAUGAAAAAUUAUUUAAAAACCCUAUUGGCCAACAAACUUUGUCGGUGCCCUAAAAUGACAAGUAUUUAAAAGCUGACGAAAAGUAGGUCUCAGAAAGAUUUCAAUCGAUAAAGUCUAGGCUGGUGAAGUAAUCCAGGAAAUGUUUUUAUCAAAAUAAAUGCUUAAUUUGUUUUGAAUAUUUAAAAAAGACUGUAUAUAUCUGUUCGUUGUAAAAACAAACAGAGCACUUUGACGCUAAAUCAUUAGAAUGCGGCAUAUUUGUACACACUAGUCUCAGUGAAAGAGCACGGGAGAAUGCAGGCUAAUCCGCACAUAAGAAUGGAUAUAAAGUUCCAUAUCACUAAAAUUAUUGAAAGUGGUAGCAAUGCUGAAGAUUGGAUUGUUUUCAUUGAUCAACUCAAGCAGAACAAAUGUGACAGAGACCUGCUUACACAGAUUUAUACAGUUGCUUUGAAUAACAUAUCGAAUAAAAAAACAAAGAUUUAUAAGAAGUUAUUGAUUGGACUGGCAAAUUUACAGAGUGAAACAUCUCCUGAUUUGGCACGGACAACAUUUCUAAAUGCAAAUUCACUAGACAGUGAUUGUGCUGUGGUGUGUGUCUAUCAUGCACAGUUUGAGUACAAACAGCAGAAAAGAAAUGCUGCCAUUCAAAUCUUGAAGUGUGGAAAGUGUGAUGGACGUUCCCCAAAAGUGAUUAUAAAAAAGGCAUACAUCAAUUUAAGACAGAAUAAAUCAAGUUUGUUUGACGGCGUACUUGAUCCAUGGGACGAAUCUUGGCAGGACAUGUCAGAUACUAUCACAAAUACACAGUCGCCUACGAAUAUGGGUCUAAAGUUACCUCACGUGACCCGCAGUACAACUAAAUUGACAAAAAGUCUGGGCAUGCCAACUCGUUUGUCUGGCAAGACUCAUUCUGCAUCUAGCGUGCUCAAAGAAUCCAAGGUGAAAAGCCCAACUGAAGAACUUGGUGAAAAUUUUGGACUAAUCCUAGGUGAUAAAAUUGAGGAGAUAAAAGAUGAAAUAAAAGCUAAAAAGAGAAACGAUAGUGGUAUUUUCGUUGCUCCUGCUUCAGUUAAAGCUCUGCCAGACAAAGAAAACAAAUCAUAUGGACCAAGCUUGUCACCAUUUAUGAAUGGCUUUGCAUCACCACUCGUGAAGAACCGUACUUUGUCAUUUACUGGAAGUACACCUGGUGUGUUUUUGUUUGACAUGAUUAAAUCAAAUGAGAAAGACAAGCCUAUAGUUUCGCGCACAGUAACCAAAAGGUUUUCAGAACUAUUUACAGAUACUGAUGAGACGUUUAGAAGGGGUGACGUUACUAGUGAUGAUGGUUAUAUGUCUGCGAACACAUCUAAUAUUUCUAAUAAGACACAAAAUCUCACUGCAGUUGAAAAUUCUCGAUUUUCCUUACAAGCUGACGAAAAGAAAAACACUUUAAAGCGUUCUCUUGGUGUGUCAUUGUUACAGGAAAAAAUAGCUAUACCAGAACCCGCAAACAGUGGCCUGACUCAGUUGAUUGAUGAUAUCGACUUAGGUUGUAAACCGCUGGAAGAAAAAGACGUAGGUCUGGUUGUUCAAAACGAAACAGAUCAAGCAAAAAACAACGUCAAGCCAGUUCUUCCUCUUAAUGUGCAAAAGCAUCGAAAACCACUAUCUCUUUUAAGUGAAACUCCUAUGCGGAAAGCUGACAACACAAAUUGUGACUUAUUCUCUAGUGCAAAGAAAUCGAGUGGAAAUAGAAUACCCUUGAGUGAGUUAAGAACUGUAAGCAGCAAACGUACUGAGGUUGCAGUUGUAAGCAGUGACAGCAAAGAUACACCAGAAUUGUCAAAUACUAAAAGUGUUGGAAAAUUGUUAGCCAAAGAUAUCGCUACACCUGGAGUAGAAACAAAGAAGAAAAAAUUAAACAGAAUACCUUUAAAUGAAGUUAAAGAUCAAGGCCUGCAAGUGAAACCUGUUAGUGACAAAUCGAAAGAUAUAAAUACUGAAAACAAUGAAAAAUUGCUACAAACAUCUAAGAAGAAGUCCAUUUCAGAAAGCACUAGCAAGAACACUACUUUGAAAGAAACAUUACCCAAAGAAAAAAACAAGGAACCAGUUGCAUUGCAUAAUUUACAAAGUAUGAAGAUACCUGAAAACUUACCCAGUACAAAAAAGGAUGUUGAUUCGUUACUACAAAGUGGACUUCAUAUGCUGGGUCAGAAUGGUUUCGACAUGAAUAAAAAUUUGCGGCACAUCCCCUCUGAAACAAAAUCAAAAAUAUUCAUGGUGAAUGGAGUGGCUUACCAACAAAUAAAGUGUAUUGGCAAGGGUGGUUCUUGCAAGGUAUAUGAAGUGGUUGACUCAAGCGGGCGAGUUUAUGCGCUAAAAAAAGUCAAACUUGAAGAUGUGGAUCAAUUUAUGAUUAGUUGCUAUAUACAAGAAAUUAAAUUAUUAGAACAGUUGAAAGGAAAAAGUCAUAUAAUUGAAUUAUACGGAUGGGAAAAAACAGCAGAAUUUCUACUAAUAGUAUUGGAGAUAGGGAGCAGAGACUUAGCAAAUGUUCUUCGACAGUCCAAAGAACUUUCACCCGAGACAUUAAAACACUACUGGAAACAAAUGUUGCUUGCGGUUAGUGUGGUCCAUGAGCAGGGAGUCGUCCAUGCAGACUUAAAACCGGCUAAUUUUUUAUUUGUUGGUUCUGUUUUAAAACUGAUCGACUUCGGUAUCGCUGACAACAUUCAGGCAAACAAAACAAGUGUUACCAGAGAAUACCAAAUGGGCACGUUAAAUUAUAUGUCACCAGAAGCACUGAUGUCUGAUGUAUCACAUGAAUUUGGGGCAAGCAAGAUCUCAAGGGCGUCAGACGUGUGGAGUUUAGGCUGUAUGCUGUAUUUAAUGGUAUUUAAAAGGACUCCCUAUCAACACAUCAAAAACCAAAGCAUGAAAAUAUUCGCCAUUCAAAAGGGUGAAGCUAUAAACAUGCAAGGAAUCAACGACCAAUCUUUGUACGACUGUCUUCAGGGCUGUCUGAAGUACAACAAACGUGAAAGGUACACUAUACAACAGCUGCUAGCGCAUCCCUUUUUGAGGUAGCUGCACGGUUUUCGCACAUGGAGUUGCCACUGGUACAUUUUUGUUGCACGUCACGCAAACGGCGAAAGUAUGUGGUUGCGUCAUUCCUUGCAUCAAAAAUGAUUGCACAAUAAUGUAUAUUUUUAUAGUUUUAUAGUUCUAGUUUUUUGUUUAGCGCUCCCGCUUGUUAGUGAGCCAUGUAUAUUUAUAUAUAUAUCUAUAUACUACACAUUGUAAAAUGUAUAUCCCGCACUUAUGACACUACAACUUCA